AUGCCUAUACGUAAAAGUAAUACAUAUUUAUCAUUGGUUAAUAGCUAUUUAAUAGAUAGCCCACAACCAAGUUCAAUUAACUAUUGAUGAAACUUAGGUAGCCUUUUAGGAUUAUGUUUAGUAAUUCAACUAGCUAGUGGUAUUUUCCUAGCUAUGCAUUAUUCAUCUAACAUCGAAUUAGCUUUUAACUCUGUGGAGCACAUUAUGAGAGAUGUUAAUGCUGGUUGAUUAAUUAGAUAUAUUCAUGCUAAUGGAGCUAGUUUCUUCUUCAUUUGUAUGUACUUACAUAUUGGUAAAGCUUUAUACUAUGGUAGUUAUAAACGUCCAAGAGUUAUGUUAUGAGUUGUAGGAGUAAUUAUCUUCAUCUUAACAAUGGCUAUUGCUUUCAUGGGUUACUGCCUCGUAUAUGGGCAAAUGUCGCACUGAGGUGCAACUGUAAUUACUAACUUAUUAUCAGCUAUUCCAUUUAUUGGUAACGACAUAGUUCCCUUUAUCUGAGGUGGUUUCAGUGUAAGCAAUCCUACAAUUCAAAGAUUCUUUGCUUUACAUUUCUUAUUACCAUUUAUUUUAGCUGCUCUAGUAUGUAUGCACUUAAUGGCAUUACAUGUUAAUGGUUCAUCUAACCCUCUAGGUAUCACAGGUAAUAUUGAUAGAUUACCUAUGCACCCUUAUUUCAUCUUUAAAGAUUUAAUAACUGUAUUCGUAUUCUUAUUAGUAUUUAGUUUAUUCGUAUUCUAUUCACCAAAUACUCUAGGUCACCCUGAUAACUAUAUACCAGGUAACCCUAUGGUUACACCACCAUCAAUUGUACCAGAGUGAUACUUAUUACCAUUCUAUGCUAUCUUACGUAGUAUUCCAGAUAAAUUAGGAGGAGUUAUAGCUAUGUUUGGAGCUAUUCUUAUCUUAUUAACUUUACCUUACACAGAUAGAUCAUUUAUCCGUGGUAAUAGUUUUAAGGUAUUAUCUAAAACAAUGUUCUUCUUAUUCAUAUUUAACUUUAUCUUAUUAGGUAACUUAGGACAACUUCAUGUAGAAGUUCCUUAUAUCGAAUUAGGACAAUACGCUACAGCAUUCUACUUCUCUUAUUAUCUAUUAAUUGUUCCUGCUAUCUCUUCAGCAGAAAACAUCUUAUACUAUAUCGGUACAAAGAAAUAA